AUGCCACAAGCACAUCGACCUCCCGUGAUUCCAGUUAGAAGGAAAAAACCUCCGAAUUGGCGAGUGUUUGACUUUCCUGAACGCCAACAGAAAUUCAUUCAUCAUCAAUGGGGGCAGCAUUACCAAAGACACGGAGAAUUCGAAGCAGCAAUCGAAAAUUAUGAAAAAUCGAAAGAAAUUCGGGAUGAAAGGGAAUUUUGUGAGACUCUUCAUGAUUUGGGAAGAACAUUUUUGCAAAAAACAGAAGUUGAAAAAGCUAAAAAGACUUUGAAAGGAACAAAAUGUAAAGAAAAUCAUCGAAAUAACCUCUUGGAAUGCGACAUUUUGUUCGAUGGAAACGAAUUUGAGAAGAAUUUAAUCUGUACGAACAACAAAAAACGUGAAGUUAAAGAUCCGAGUUACAAAAGUUACGAUUUUCAAGAGAGAAUUGAUGUUACUGAAGAGAUUUUUCGUCACACGAUCGACGACAAAGCAGGCGAUUGUCUCUUGGAACAUCGAAAAAUUAUCCCAAAACUCAUUUUUGACUCCGAUAUCGAUCCUCGACCUCUUUGGAAGCAACGUCGAGAUCAAAAUCAAUGCGAUGUAAUGAGCGUUCUUGAUCUACAAGAGAAAAUUCCGCAUCUCAAAGACUUACAAAGAAAAGAACAGAACACAAGAUUCGUUUCUCAAGUUUGUCUCGGACCCGCAUGGGAAGAUUUAUUCUUUUUACGAGACUUGCCAAAGCACAAAGCCUUCAUUUUGCCUCAAGCAAAGGGAAGUGAAACCCCUUUGAAAGAAAUAAUCAACGAAAGUUACUCAAAAGCGCAGAAAAACUUGAAAAUGCUUCAUGCGAGGAACCCAAUUUAUACUUAUAAGAAAAUAAUGUUCCGCAGUCCCGAGUUAGGAGCGAAAACUAAAGAGAAAAAUCUCUUCAGAGACAUGUACCAAAAUCGAAGAGAUGCAUUUACGCAACUUGCGAGGGUUAGAAGACUCAGAAAGGAGAAAAAUGUCGAAAAAUUGGUCAAUUAUACGGAAAAAGUUCUUUCGGAGUUUUAUCAAACCAAAAGUAUUAAAAGAUUUCCGAGAAAAUUCGAGUUUGUAACGGAAUUAUGUAACAUUGUUGCGUUGGCAUUCGUCGAGCAAUUAAGAAUUCCGCCGAAUUUGAUGGUUGUUCCUUUGAGAGAACGGAUGCAUUUGUUGUUUGAUGUCCAAAUGGUGCAGGAAAAAUUUGACGAAAUCGAAUAUGAGUUUGGAAAUCGGAGCACUUAUCGAGAUCCGUUGAAAGUUGAUACUUCGUUCAUGAGUUAUAAAAAAAAGAAAACUCACCUCGAACAACGUCUCGCUUGUGUCGAAUACGGCAUCGAAGAAAUCUACCUUUUGCACGAAAUCGCCCGAAAUGACUUCCUCAACGACAAAUUAGACGACAGCAAACUUUUCGCGGGACGUUGCGAACAACGUGCGGAAGAAAUUGGCAGCUUCAUCUACAAAUUCCUCGCCAUCUUGAUGCAACUCAAAGCGGAUAUCACAGCAACGAACGUAGAAAAACAAUCGGAUCAAUUAAAAAAAUUAAAAUCCGCUGUCGUGCCAUUAAAGAGCGAGAAACUGGAACACAUGAUCCAAGUUGGCAUGCGACUAAACGAGCUGCAACUCCAAUCGAAGCACGAGGAACGGGAAAUCGAAAACGAAAAUGAAACCAACGACGACGCAGAAAUCGAAGACGAACAAACAAAUUAA